GUUUACUUGUGUGAACAAGCAACUUCAGCAGUUAACAUGAAACUUUUCCUGAUCGCUUUUGCUGUGAUCGCAGCUGUGGCUGCUGAUGUCAGCCACCUGCCCUCCAACGAGUACUUGCCCCCCGUGCAAGACGAGGCUCAGAUCAUCGCUGCUCCCAGCAACGAGUAUCUGGCUCCAGUUGAGACUUAUGCCGAUGAUCAGGGUAGCGCGGCAAUCGAUGGAUACCGUUACAAGACCCAACGUCGCGUCGUGUACCGUCGCCAGCGUCGUGAUGUGAGCCACUUGCCCUCCAACGAGUACUUGCCACCCCAGCAGGAUGCUGCCCCAGCUCCAGUUGCCGAAUAUCUGCCACCCGUUCAAGUUGCUGCUCCCGUUGAGACCGUUCAAGUAGAGGUUGCCCCAGCUCAUGAGCUUGCUGAUGAUGGAUACCGUUACAAGACCCAACGUCGCGUCGUGUACCGUCGCCAGCGUCGUGAUGUGAGCCACCUGCCCUCCAACGAGUACUUGCCACCCCAGCAGGAUGCUGUCCAGGCUCCAGUUGCCGAAUAUCUGCCACCCGUCCAGGUUGCUGCUCCCGUCCAGGUUGCCGCUCCCGUUGAGACCGUUCAAGUAGAGGUUGCCCCAGCUCAUGAGCUUGCUGAUGAUGGAUACCGUUACAAGACCCACCGUCGCGUCGUGUACCGCCGCAACCGUCGUGAUGUGAGCCACCUGCCUUCCAACGAUUACUUGCCCCCUCAGGAAGACGCACCAACCAGCGAAUACUUGCCCCCAGUCUCCAAUGUUGUAGAUGAGUACACUGUUGCUGGACAGGGCAACCUUGCUGAUGAUGGAUACCGUUACAAGACCCAGCGUCGCAUCGUGUACCGUCGCCAGCGUCGUGAUGUGAGCCACUUGCCCUCCAACGAGUACUUGCCACCCCAGCAGGAUGCUGCCCCAGCUCCAGUUGCCGAAUAUCUGCCACCCGUCCAGGUUGCUGCUCCCGUCCAGGUUGCUGCUCCCGUUGAGACCGUUCAAGUAGAGGCUGCUCCAGCUCAUGAGCUUGCUGAUGAUGGUUACCGUUACAAGACCCACCGUCGCGUCGUGUACCGCCGCAACCGUCGUGAUGUGAGCCACCUGCCCUCCAACGAGUACUUGCCACCCCAGCAGGAUGCUGUCCAGGCUCCAGUUGCCGAAUAUCUGCCACCCGUCCAGGUUGCUGCUCCCGUUGAGACCGUUCAAGCAGAGGCUGCCCCAGCUCAUGAGCUUGCUGAUGAUGGAUACCGUUACAAGACCGUUCGCCGUGUCGUCUACCGUCGUCAUUAAACCUCAUCUGAAAUGGUCCACUAAGUGAUCAACUUGUACUCAUUUUUGGAGUAUAAGUUUAAUAUAAGAAUACUUCCUCUUUUCGUUUACGAAAUAAAAUAUUACGAAAAAAAAA